UUUCCUUGCCCAGAAUCUGAUUGAUUCAUGGAGAAGAUGUGAGGAAGAAGAGUCUCCUCACAGAUGUUCUUCCACGCUGAGGAUGCUUCGUCUGAACAUUUCUGCCCAUAUUUGGAGUUCAGAGGCUCAUGCAUGAACACAUCCUGUCAGGUGACCUGUUGUUAGGGGGUGAAGCUAAGAAAGAGAAAGCAGUUUGCAGACGUGUUGCAGUUGUGUGUUGUUCUGCUGUGGAGUGUCAGAUGUCUUUUUGUUUUUGUGCUUCCACACUGACCGAUGAAGAUGAGUUGCUCAGAGGAAGAGGAGGCACACAGCCGUGGGCUGAAGGAGGUGCAGCCAUCUGAAGAAGGGCCUGAACCCUGUAGGCCUGAUCCUGGAUCCUGGGACUCACAAGGUCAGACGCUCCCGUCUGCAUCGUCCAGCUGUGGAUCCAUGAAGAGCAACAGAUCCAAAGGUCAACCUGAAAACUUCAGUUCUGGAUGUGGAUCUGCAGACUCAAAAGCUCCGCCCCUCACACUGGAGGACCGCCCAGCAGCAUUCAUCUGUGAGUCCUUGAAGAGCGACAAAUCCAGAGAAUACGUCAUUAACUUCAAACAUGGACCUGGACCCUUAAAGUCCAGAGAGAGGAAGAGGAGAUCUGUUAGUGAAGAGGAGCCGCAGUCCGGCUGCGUUUUAUGUCAGGACGUCCUGAAGGAUCCGGUCUCCACCAGCUGUGGACAUUGGUUCUGUAGAAGGUGCAUCACCUCUCACUGGGACCAGUCUGCUGCAUCAGGACACCGGUCCUGUCCUGAUUGUAGUUCAAGGUCCACACCGGAUGUUGGACUGAAGGAACCAUUAGAUGAACAUCAGAUCAGUUUGAGGAGGAGAUGUGAACAUGCAACUGAAGAAUCAGGAAAAGAAAUGCCCCUGAACCGGAUCUACACUGAGCUCUACAUCACAGAGGGACUGAGAGAAGAGGUCCAGACCCAACAUGAGGUGAGGCAGCUGGAGACCUCCUCCAAGACCAACAGGCGUCAUGAUGCUCCAAUCAGGAACCAGGACAUCCUGAAACCCUUACCUGACCAGCAUGGAUCCAUCAGAGUGGUUCUGACCAGUGGCGUUGCUGGAGCUGGAAAAAGCUUCUCGGUGCAGAAGUUCACUCUGGACUGGGCAGAGGGCUCGGAGAACCAAGACAUCAGUGCUGUGGUUCCUCUGUCCUUCAGGGAGCUGAACUUGAUCAGAGACCAGCAGCACAGUCUUCUCUCUCUGAUCCAGCUGUUCCAUCCAACGUUCCAGAAGAUCCCAGCAGAGCAGCUGUCUGUCUGCAAACUUCUCUUCAUCUUUGACGGUCUGGAUGAAAGCAGACUUUCUCUGGACUUCAGCAACAGUCCGGCGGUGUCUGAUGUUACACAGACGUCCUCAGUCAACGUGCUGCUGAUAAACCUCAUCCAGGGACGUCUGCUGCCCUCAGCUCAGGUCUGGAUCACGUCCAGACCUGCAGCAGCCAAUCAGAUCCCUGCUUCAUGUGUGGACAGACUGACAGAAGUACGAGGCUUCAAUGAUGCUCAGAAGGAGGAGUACUUCAGGAGGAGGUUCCCAGAUGAAGAGCAGUCCAGCAGAAUCAUCUCCCACAUCAAGACCUCCAGGAGCCUUCACAUCAUGUGUGAGGUUCCAGUCUUCUGCUGGAUCACUGCUGUGGUUCUGGAGAACAUGGUGUCCACAGAGCAGGGAGCGGAGCUGCCCACCACCCUGACUGACAUGUACUCCCACUUCCUGAUGGUCCAGACAAAGAGGAAGAAGAACAAGUACCAGCAGGAACAUCAGACAAGUCCACAAGAGCUGGCAGAGGCGGACAGGGAAGUUCUUCUGAAGCUGGGGGGGCUGGCAUUUGAAAAUCUGGAGAAAGGAAACAUCAUGUUCUACCAAGAAGACCUGCAGCAGUGUGGUCUGGACGUCACCGAGGCCUCGGUGUACUCUGGAGUUUGUACUGAGAUCUUCAGAAGAGAGUGUGGAAUCUUCCAGAAAGCGGUCUACAGCUUUGUUCAUCUGAGCGUUCAGGAGUUUCUGGCUGCAGUCUACAUGUUCCACUGUUACUCCAACAGGAACACCAAAGUUAUGAAGGACUUCCUGAAGGAUCAAAGAAACAUCUCAUCUCUGGAUGAGUUUCUGAGUAGAGUCAUGGAGAAAUCCCUGCAGAGCAAAACUGGACAUCUGGACCUUUGUGUUCGAUUCCUUCAUGGCCUCUCUGUGGAGUCCAACCAGAGGCUCUUAGGGGGUCUGCUGGGUCAGACGGACCAGAGUCCAGAAACCAUCCAGAGAGUCACCAACAACCUCAAGAUGGUACAGAAGGACGAUGAGACACCAGAAGACUACUCUCUGCCAUGGCAGAUGAUGAGUGGAGAUCAAAUCUCUCCUGACAGAAGAAUCAACAUCUUCCACUGUCUGAUGGAGAUGAAGGACCUCUCAGUCCAUAAAGACGUUCAGGAGUUCCUGAAGUCAGAGAACAGAGCAGAGAAGAGACUCUCAGAGAUCCACUGCUCUGCUCUGGCCUACAUGCUGCAGAUGUCAGAGGAGGUUCUGGAUCAGCUGGACCUGGACGAGUACAACAUGACAAACGAGGCUCGGCGGAGGCUGAUCCCAGCUGUGAGGAACUGCAGGAAGUUCAGACUCACCAACUGUGGACUCUCAGAGACGGACUGUGGAGUCGUGGCUUCAGCCCUGAAGUCCAACCCGUCCCACCUGACCGAGCUGGACCUGAGCAAGAACCAGCUGAAGCAUUCAGCAGUGGAGCUCCUGUGUGCCGGACUGCAAAGUCCAAACUGCAGACUACAGAUUCUGAGGUUGGAGCGCUGCAGUCUGCUGGAGAACAGCUGCGCUGCUCUGAUCUCGGCUCUGAAGUCCAACCCGUCAAAUCUGAUCGAGCUGGACCUGAGAAACUGCGACCUGCGGGAUUCAGGACUGAUUCUCUUGAGUGGUUUGGUGGAGAGUCUUGGCUGCAGACUGCAGACUCUGAGGCUGGAGCGCAGCACCUUGUCGGAUGUCGGUUUUAUCGCUCUGGGAACAGCUCUACAGAAGAACCCGUCCCAUCUGACCGAACUGGACCUGAGCAGGAACAAAAACCUGCAGGAUUCUGGACUGGUUCAUCUGUGUGGUUUCCUGAAGGACCCCCUCUGCCAGCUGCAGGUUCUGAGGUUGAGGGGCUGUGAUUUUUCGGCAGUCAGCUGUGCAGCUCUGGUCUCAGCUCUGAGGUCCAACCCGUCCCAUCUAGCAGAACUGGACCUGAGAGACAACUUUUUGGAGGAUUCGGAUGUUCAGCAGCUCCAGGAUCUGGUGGAGAGUCCAGACUUCAAACUGCAGACUCUGAGGACGGAGUCCUGGUGACAGCCUGAUCCUCCUCCUCCUGGAGGAGCAGCUGAGAUGUUCUGAUGAACCGUUAGGAAGGAAUGAAGGGAUGACUGUCGAUACUGGAGCGCCACAUGGUGGACAGAUGGAGAACUGCAGCUCAUCGUCUGAUUCUGAUGUCAGGAAGCAGAAUUCUCUCUGGCAGCUGAUGUUAAAGGAAAAUGUUAACCUUUAUUUUGUUAUAUUACACAUUUUAAAACAUAUUCUUCUAUAAAGUUUUCUUCAGUGCAGCUAUUUGGACAUGUGUGUUUGCAUGUGUAGUAUGGCAAGUACAAAGGAUCAUUAUACACCUGCUUGGAAAAUGCUGGAUUGUUUUAACAUUUAGAAAAGGUGAAUGUAAUUUAUUCAAUUCAAUUUUAUUUCUAUAGCUUCAUAUUUACAACAACACUCGUCUCAAUGGGCUUCAUACCGGUGAAUGCAUAAUAAACAUGAAUCGUAAAGAAGUCAUAGAGUUCCAUAGGUAAUGGCUAAACUAAACUGGACAUCCCUGCCCUUAGACCCCCCCCUUUACGGUGGGGAAAAACUCCUAAAAAAAACGGAUUCCAGAAAAAAAAGAAGAAACCUCAGGGAUGUCCACAUGAAGGAGGGAUCCUCCCCCAGGACGGACAGGGGAAUGUAAUUUAUAUCACAUGAUGCACAUAAGAAAUUUUAUUUACUAAAAUGACCCAUCAUUUGCCGUUAAGUGUGUUUAAAAACGGUUCUAUUGGAGUCAGUGUUGGAGCUCAGGACAGCUGGUCCGGCGUUUAACGUCAGGAUGCUGCGUGUGUUCAGUGUUCAAACCCAACGGAUGAGCAGCGGGUUUUGGUCCAUCCGUUUGUUUUGGUGACUCAUGAAGAAUGUUUUUGUUUUCUGUAUUACAAAUAUGACAUUCUCAGAAUAAAUGUCAUUUAUUUAA